AUGGCCCACAUCCACUCCAACAAGAUGAAAGAAACUAUCACGAACCAGUAGAAACUUGCCAAACUGCAAGCACAAGUGUGCAUUGGUGGGAAAGGAACUGCUCCCUGAAAGAAGAAGGUGGUUCAUAGAACAGCUACAGCAUAUGAUAAAAAACUUCAGUUCUCCUUAAAGAAGUUAGGGGUAAAUAAUAUCUCUGGUAUUGCAGAAAUGAAUAUACUCACAAACCAAGGAACAGUGAUCCACUUUAACAACCCUAAAGUUCAGGCAAACGCUUUCACCAUUACAGGCCAUGCUGAGACAAAGCAGCUGACAGAAAUGCUCCCCAGCAUCUUAAACCAACUUGGUGCAGACAGUCUGACUAGUUUAAGAAGAUUGGCUGAAGCUCUGCCCAAACAAUCUGUGGAUGGAAAGGCACUACUCGCUACUGGAGAUGAUGAUGAUGAUGAUGAUGAUGAUGAUGAUGAUGAUAAAGUUCCAGAUCUUGUGGAGAAUUUUGAUGAAGCUUCCAAGAAUGAAGCAAACUGAAUUGAGUCAACUUCUGAAGAAGAAAAAACUUGAAGCAAUUACUGGGAGCUGCUAUUUUACAUUAUGACUGCUUUUUAAACAUUUUGUUCAUGGAUCUGAUAAAAUCUAGAUCUCUAAUAUUUUUAAGCCCAAGCCCCUUGGACACUGUAGCUCUUUUCAGUUUUUGCUUAUACACAAUUCAUUCUUUGCAGCUAAUUAAGCUGAAGAAGCCUGGGGAUAAAGUUUGAAACAAGGUUAAUAAAGUU